AUGAAGUUUCUUACGAUCGUCGCGUCCGUCGCCCUUCUGGCUGCCCUUGCGUCCUCGGAAAGGACGGAGACCACAGCCGAGACCCUUCGUAGCAUUUAUUACAGAUGCAUAGACAACGAAUCGAUGUUGUCCUGCGUGAAACCAAAGGUUCUGGCUUACCUGAGCAACGCAGUGAAACAAGACAGACUCGCGAUCACCGACGAUUUGGCUGUAGUCAAAUCGAGAGACUUUCCUGAAGAGAGCAGCGAGGAAUACUAUCCUUCGCACUAUGACUCUGUGGAUCCAGCUAGGAAAGAACUUCUGAGGUCCUUGAUGCUGGAGAAACUGGACGCGUACCUGUCGAGCCAUCAAUUAGAGGCUAAGCUACCAGAAGCUAUCGCAGGAUCCAACAUUGUGCCCCGAUCCUUGGUCGACAGCAUGCCCAGAAGCCUGACUGUCCCUCUGUCGGACUCUUCAAACGGUCAAGGCCGUGGAUUCGUCAAGAAGGUCAUGAUACCGUUCCUGUUGGGUCUGAAGUUCAAGGCUACCGCCCUAGUGCCACUAGCUCUUGCCCUGAUAGCCUUGAAGACUUGGAAAGCACUCACUCUGGGUCUCCUCUCCAUGGUCCUCAGCGGAGCGAUGAUGAUCUUCAAGCUGACCAAACCCAAAGUCGCCUACGAGGUCGUACACUACGGACACCCUCCAGUGGAACAUCCUCCUCAUUGGGACACCGCGGCGCAUGGUCCCUACAGGGCGUACAGGAAAUAG